AUGUCUUUAGAUUCAGAGAUAUAUUUAUAUUCAGAAUGGUCUGAAGAGGCGGCUAGCCUGUGUAAGGAAUUUCGGAACAGCGGUGUGGUCGGUAUUGACAUCGCAAUGUCCGAGUUUCUAAGCGACCAACAUCCAGAUGAGUGUCCGCAUAGACAGGCUUUCCUCACUGCAAAGUACGACGUCAUACAUCGGACAACACACGCGGGGGAGGUCGGCGAACCGGCCAAUGUGUACGAGGUUGAGCUUCAUGUUCAUCUGGAUGCUGCUAUAAAACCACAAACAAUUCUGGACUUAGCAUCGAAACGUGGCAUCAAAUUGAAGUCGACAACCGCAGAAGCUCUGAAUGCGGAAAUCGUGAUGAAGGACAAUGAAUCGUUGGAUAGUCUACUUCAAGCGUUUGACAUCUUUAUUCCUGUGAUUGCUGGUGACCGAGACGCGGUGUACCGAUUGGCAUACGAGUUCUGUGAGACUUGCUCCCAGCACGGCAUCAAGUAUGUGGAGGGUCGCUACUCCCCCCACCUGCUCGCCAACACCUUCUCCAAACCCCAGUAUGCACGGGAGUCCGGCAGCUUCUCCCCGCGAGAUGUCGUCAUGACGAUCAACGAAGCACUGCAGAAGGGAUCGCAGGACUUCAACAUCUUGGCAAAGAGCAUUAUUGGGUGUGUCAAGCACCGACCAGAUUGGUCCAUGGAAGUUGCGACUCUCGCCAAGGAAUUCUUUAAUGAUGGCACCGUCGCCAUUGACAUAUCAGAGUCAGAGUUUAACAGUGGCCGAGACUUGAACCAGAGCGCUCACAAGCAUGCUUACGAGGAAGCCAUCCGGUGUGGGGUCCAUCGUACAGUGCAUGCUGCUGAGGUACAGCACCCGUCUACUAUAUUUCAAGCGCUGGACGAGCUCCAGACCGAGAGGGUUGGUCACGGCUAUCGGUGUUUGGAUGACCCGAAGGCUUACAGUCGUCUGAAGCAGGAGAAUAUUCACCUGGAAACCUGCCCCAUCUCCAGCCUGAGAACUGGAGGAGCUAGAAACGGAAAAGUCAACCAUCCAAUUCUCACGUUUGCUAAUGAUGGUGUGAAUUUCUCGAUCAGUACGGAUGAUCCCAUAAUCCUUGGCAAUGACCUGAGCGAAGACUACCUCAUGGCAUUGGAAUUUGGACUGAACAUUGAGCAGAUUGAGCAGUCUAUUUUCAAUGCAGCACGUUCUUGCUUUGCUACGGAGAGAGAGAAGAAACAACUUCUGAAAGAAUUAGUUGAAGUUUACGGCAAGCAUUAAAUGUUGAUGGAACAUUGUACACUGGACUAAUAAUUUUAUGGAGAGGUUUUACCUUUUUAUAUAUACCACAAAAUUUAGAUUUUAAAUAGUCACUUCAAAAUGGCUCAGAAUUGUAAAUACAUAAACAUUCUUCUGGGUUUUUUUUCAGUUACCAAAUGUUAUUUUAUAGCCACACAAUAUAUUAUGUAUCUAUUUACAAUGCAGAAAAAAUAGAGAUUAUUUUAUUGUAUUAUAUUGUUACUUUGUUUUACCAGUGUUUCCCUCAGGAUUUUUGUUCAGAGAGUUGGCAAAAUAGUUUGACAUAAAAUGCUGUAGAAUCAUCGGACGAACAUUGGGACACAGGCAUCGAAAUAAGCAUUGUGUCUGGUAACCCAUUUACAGGUUACCACAAAAUAUAGCCUGGUAAUCUAUAGGUUACUACAACUAUAUGAUAGUUAGAAUUGAAUUCCUGUUACUACUACUUUUUAACGCCAUUAUAUGUGUGCCAGAUGAUUAUUUUAGUAUGCAUGCAUUUAUGAACGUUCUGAAAUUGUAUCGGUGCGCGCGAACAUCGGUACGAGAAACAAAAUCCGGAAGUAAAUUUAUCUAGUGGAAGCUGCUUAAAUGCGGAAUGACUAUAAUUGCUUGCAAUUGUACAAGUGCGCGCGAUGCAAUUUCUUACAAGAAAAUGAACUGCGGAAGUCCGGAAUACAUUACCUGGUUUAGUAACUUUACGUUCAGAAACGAAACUACCGUUCGUUGAAAUUUUUGUCGAGAACGAAACACCGUUCUCAACUUUUCUCACAUGUGGUAACCUCCCGGUAACCUGAAUGACCGUUCUCGACUUAUUUCGAUGCCUGGGACAGUUAUUACACACACUUGCCAUUGGAGACCAAUCUAUAUAAAUUCUGAGCAAUCACUGUCUAGCAAACAGUAGUCAAAGAUUCCUGCUCUAAUACAACAACAGUCCUGUUUGACGUUAAAUACAUCUACAUGUACAUCUAUAAUUUACGAGCUCCCUAAUAAAAACAAAAUCACAUAUUAAUCACUAAUACAUACACACACAUAUAGGGGGCUCAGUUUACGUCAAAUCUAUUUUGCCAACUCGGAACUAAACUCCUGGGGGAAACACUUUUACUGUUAACUAUAUUUUAACAAAUCUCUAGUUUUAGGGUCACUUCUGGUUAAUCUGUAUAUUUUGAUUGAUUAUUAUAUACACGUUUUAGAAAAGGAAUUAUUUAUUUUUAAAGAUGUUACCACAACCAUUUGUAGGGCUGUAUGUGGUGUGGGGGUGCAAGCAGGGUUUCUGCCAGAGGGUGAAAUGGGUAUGGCGCCAUACCCAAAUUGUUUUACAGAUUUUUGUUUUUAAGUUAAUCUUUUUGACAUAAUUAAUUAUUAUUAUCAUUACUGUGUGAUUUUCUUACGCCAUGUUCUUUCUGCAGGAGGUCCCCCAUACCCCCUGUUGAUUGUGGUUGCAUUCAAUUCCAUAGCACCAUACCCAAAAAUAUCUUUCUGGCAGAAACACUGGGUUUGGAGGGGCGAGGGGCAGAAAAAGGUAUGGAAAGGUGUUCAUUUUAGUUUAAAAAUACUUUUCUUGUCCAGAUAAUUUACUUGUAACUAGAAAAUUCUGUAGAUUGUGCCAAAAUGGGGUCAGUUAUCAGACAUAUCAGAUAUUUUGAAACCGUGUGAUAAAUUGUGGACCAGAACUGACGUCAUACCAAUUACGUCACAUCAUAUUUGAAACAUUACACAAGGCUUCCACAGAGUAUGAUUCUUAACGUUAAGUAAAUCCGUGAAAGUAGUUUUGAUCAUAGAUUUAACAAAGUGUUGUUAUGACGUUAAAU